AUGGUGCUGCACUACUGUCGUCGCUCUGAUCCCCCCCCGCGCGCCCGCCGAUCGAAGCGUCACCUCAUCUCAUACCUCACCUCACCUCGUCCUCCCUUGCGAAUUGCACCCGCCUCGGACUUGACUCCGCACCAUGAGUCAUUCUGUGUGAAUCUGCGGACGAUUCUCUGGUCGGUCAAACCUGCGACACGGAUCAAUUGGCCCUCACUGGCACCUCGGGAGGGAAUUCGCGAUAAGAGGGGUGUGGCACAUGACCAGCAUUUGAGAUCGCGCGGGGAAAGGAAAAAAAAAAAACCGAAGAUGAUGUUGUCCCGUCGUGCGUGCUACAAGUGUGGCAACAUUGGCCACUAUGCGGAGGUCUGCUCGUCCUCGGAGCGUCUCUGCUACAACUGUACGUCUUACAAUUGCUCGCAUCCUGGAUCUUUUUCCCCCUUGGGUUGCACAUCGGCCGAGGAUGCAAUGCUAACGUCUCAAUCACCUAGGCAAGCAACCUGGUAUGUUUUGGCAUGUAAUCAAAUGCGUCGGAUUAAGGACCCGUCUCACGAGGUUCGAAUACUAGGCCACGAGUCCAGCGCUUGCCCUCAGCCUCGUACCACUGAAACCAAGCAAUGCUACAAUUGCCAGGGUCUUGGCCAUGUCCAGGCUGACUGCCCUACCCUCCGCUUGAACGGUGGUGCCAAUGGCCGUUGCUACAACUGCAACCAGCCCGGUCACCUUGCUCGUAACUGCACCAACCCUGCCGCUCCUGGCGCUGGACGCCCUACCGGCCCCCGUGGUGGAUUCCAGGGCUACCGUGGCGGCUUCAGCGGCUACCCUCGUGCCGCGACCUGCUACAAGUGCGGCGGUCCCAACCACUUCGCCCGUGACUGUCAGGCCCAGGCCAUGAAGUGCUAUGCCUGCGGUAAGCUCGGCCACAUCUCUCGCGAUUGUACCGCCCCCAACGGUGGCCCUCUCAGCUCUGCCGGCAAGGUCUGCUACAAGUGCGCCCAGGCCGGUCACAUCUCUCGUGACUGCCCUACCAACACCGAGGCGUCCACCUCCGCUCCUGCCACUGGUGCUGCCCCCGCUGUUGAGCCCGCCGCCGUCGCUGCCGCUACAGCUCCCUCUGCUCCUGCUAUCCCCGCUCCCACCGCCGCCGUGGAGGCCAACGCCGAGGCCUCGCCCGUUGCUGCUGCCGCGGCCGCUACCGUCCCUGCCCCCACUGUCGCAUAA